AUGGAUUGUCUGCUCGGAGAGUUUUCAUUUUUAUCGCGACAAACUCGCAGAAUCGAGUCGCUGUCGUCGCAGAACCGGGAGCUUUCUCUCCAGCUCCAAACGCAGCAGGCCAAAAUCUCCACUCUGCAAGACGAGAAGCUCCGCCUGCUCGGCGAGAUGGGAACCGUGCGGUGUGUGGAGAUUCCCAGCAGCGCGGAUGCAACGCAGAGCAAACUGCUGCAGGUGACGCGCGAAAAGGAAGAAUUGAGCAUUUAUUUAGAGCACAUUCUCCGCGAAUUAGAAGACAAAACCCCCAUCUUGGAGGCUCGACAGAAGGCGUUUGAGGCUCUGCAGGAAGAUUAUCACGCGCUGCUGCAGCGAUGGAACGGCCACGUGGCGUCUGUCCAACCCUCUGGUGAGGAUGCAGCGUCGGACGAGCUGCUGAAUGCGUUGUACGCGGAGAUGCGGAGAUUGAGCCGCGAAAGCCAGCGUGCUCAAGAGAGGGUUGCGAUCACGGAGCAGCAGCGCGAUUUCUAUCGGCGUCUUUUGGUGGAUCGACGCUGCGACGACGCGAUGAAACGAUUGUUGGAGAAGGAAGAAGAAACAAAGCGAGUCGAAAAGGAGAAACUGGAGAAGGAAAUGGAAGAAAUGAGAGAACGCGAGAAACAACUGCGAUGGGAAAUGGACUCGAAACGUGGAAUCGUGGAAACCAGGGAGAGAGAACAUGGAUUGUUGCAGGAAGAGCGAGAUCGAUUCAAAACGAGCUGCGAAGCCUAUCAAAAGCGAAUUUCGCAGCUCACAACGCGCCUUUCCGAAAUCGAGCUGAAAAACGGAAUGGCAAAAUUCGACCAGAUUUCGCUUCUCUCCCAUAUAACGCAGUUCAUCCACGAGGAAUCCGCCGAGCAGCUCUUGCAGUCCGUUCUUCUCUCCAAUUCCGGCAUCACGAAUCUCCUCCUUUCGCUCCAGCACGCCACCGUGGAGCUUUCCCAGUCGCUCCAGCAAUGCUCCUUCCCGCCCGCGCCCUCCCUCCCCGCGCUCUCCGACGCCGCGCCGCUCGCUCCGCUCGACAUCCCCGCGGAACUCUCCGCUCUGCGCGUCCAGAAGAAGGAGCUGGAAGAAACGAUGCAGGAAAUGGAGGAGGAAGCCGAGGACAUGAGCACCGCCAUGGACCGAAUGCAGCGAGAGCACGACCAGCUCCAGACCCAGACGCUGUCGCUCGCCUCCCAGGCUCGAAAAGGCGCUGCGAGAAGGCAUCGAUCUCCGCGGGAAUCGGAUCUUCGCAGAAAUCGAGGGAAAGAUGGCGGACUCCGCGAAAUCCGAUAG